ACUUCUCUGGCUGCACAGAUGAGAAGAACUAGUUCUCCUGAUUGGUUGGAUAAAGCUUCACUGAGCAUUGGGGCUGUUUCUCAAAGGCUGAGUGAUGGUUCACCAGGUGUGGGGGGUGAAGGCAUUCUCAGCAAUGGGAAGUGUGUGCAGAAGUUCAACUGCUUAAAAGGGCAGAGUAUUUUCUGUAAGCUUAGGUUAUAGGAGUUAGGAAGUAUGAGUCUGGAAAGAUUGAAUGGGAACAAGUUGUGAAGUUCUUGCUAUGCAGCAUCAAAGUCUUUGGUUUUUAAUGUGAUUCCUCCUAGCAGUUUGGCUCUGCUCUGACUACCCCCUCCUCAAAACAUGUUCCUUUGUUCACCUAUGCCGUUUCUCCAUGCCACCAUUCCUUGCCUCCAGGGACUACAGGUCCUCUUUUCUGUCUCACAACUUUAGAACUGACUUCUAUGAACUGGAACGUGUCCUCCAACCGGCAAGCGCAUCACACAGACAAGUUCUACAGCCCGGAACUGAUCUUGCGGAGAGGCCAACUCUUCACAGUCUCAUUGGGCUUCCGGGAAAAUGUGGGCUCUGGACAAAAUCUGACGUUCACAGUCUCCACAGGGCCUAACCCCUCAGAGUCUGCCAAGACGAAGGCUGUGUUUCAACUCUCCAAUGGAAAAAGUGGUGGCUGGAGUGCGGAGCUCCAGGCCAACCGGAGCAACACUCUGACCAUCAGCAUCUCCAGUCCUGCCAACGCACCCAUAGGACGGUACACGCUGAGCCUUCAGAGCUCCUUCUUCUCUGGGCAACUUGGAACGUUCAUACUCCUCUUUAAUCCCUGGCUUCAAGCGGAUGAUGUCUUUAUGAGUAAUGCUGCUGAGAGAGAGGAGUACGUUCAACAAGAUGCCGGCAUCAUCUAUGUGGGAAGCACAAAUCGCAUUAGCAUGGUUGGCUGGAACUUUGGACAGUUUGAGCAGGAUAUUCUGAGCAUUUGCCUCUCGAUCCUCGAUAAAAGUCUGAAUUUCCGCCGUGACCCCGCUAAUGACGUGGCCCAGAGAAAUGACCCCAAAUAUGUUGGCCGGGUGCUCAGUGCAAUGAUCAACAGCAAUGAUGACAACGGUGUGCUUGCUGGGAAUUGGAGUGGCAGCUACCCGGGUGGCCGGGACCCAAGGAACUGGAACGGCAGCGUGGAGAUCCUCAAGGAGUGGAAAAGAUCCAGCUUCAAGCCUGUGCGCUAUGGGCAGUGCUGGGUCUUUGCUGGAACCCUCAAUACAGCAUUGCGGUCUCUUGGGAUUCCCUCCCGAGUGAUCACCAACUUCAACUCGGCUCAUGACACAGACCAAAACCUCAGUGUGGAUGUGUACUAUGACCCCAGGGGAAACCCUCUGGACAGAGGCAGUGACAGCAUAUGGAAUUUCCAUGUCUGGAAUGAAGCCUGGUUUACCCGGACGGACGUGGGUCCCUCAUACAGUGGAUGGCAGGUGUUGGAUGCAACUCCCCAGGAAAGGAGCCAAGGGGUGUUCCAGUGUGGCCCUGCCUCAGUUAUCGGUAUCCGAGAGGGUGAAGUGGACCAGGACUUUGACAUGCCCUUCGUCUUUGCGGAGGUGAACGCCGACCGCAACACCUGGAUCUAUGACAGUACCACCAACACUCAGAUGAAGAGUUCCUCUGAGUCGAGCUCCGUGGGCAAGUACAUCAGCACCAAGGCUGUGGGCACCAACUCCCGCAUGGACGUCACGGAGAAGUACAAGUACCCCGACGGUUCCGCUCAGGAAAGACAAGUGUUCCAAAAGGCUCUGGAGAAACUUAGACCCAACCUAUUGUUCAGGGCAACAUCUGCAGAGAGCUCGGAAAGAGACGUUCAGAAGCCCAGUAUCUCUGGGAAGUUCAAGGUCACUGGUCUUCUGGUAGUGGGCCAGGAAGUCAACCUGGCCCUGAAUUUGAAAAACCUGGCAAGUGGUAGGAAGACGAUGACGGUGAACAUGACAGCCUGGACCAUUGUCUACAAUGGCACGCUAGUACAUGAGGUGUGGAAGGACUCCUUCACCAUUUCUCUGGACCCCGGAGAAGAAACGCAGCACCCCGUAAAGAUCUCAUACGCUCAGUACGAGAAGUACCUGAAAGCUGACAACAUGAUCCGCAUCACAGCCGUGUGCCAGGUCCCCAGCGAGGGUGAUGUGGUGGUAGCACGGGAUAUCAUCCUGGACAACCCUUCCCUGACUCUUGAGGCGCUGGGUGAGGCACGGGUGCAGAAGCCUGUGAACGUGCAGAUGCUGUUCUCCAACCCCCUGGACGAACCCGUGAAGAACUGUGUGCUGAUGGUGGAGGGGAGCGGCCUGCUGCGGGGCAACCUCAAAAUCGACGUGCCAAACCUGCGCCCCAAGGAGCGGUCCCAUGUCCGUUUUGAGAUCCUGCCCACCCGGAGUGGCACCAAGCAGCUGCUCGCUGACUUCUCCUGCAACAGGUUCCCUGCAAUCAAGUCCAUAUUGCCCAUCGACGUGGCUGAGUGAAGGGAUGGCAGCCCCCAUAUGAACUUGGGUAUCACGGAGUGGGGGGCUCG